UUGAUUUUAAUUUUUAGGUUACUAAAAUAUGGACUGUGAAAUUAUAGACAAAAAAGAUUGUUCAUACGCCAUAUCAAAUAGUUUAAUUGGUUUAACAUGUGCGAAUCAAGAAAUAACUUUAUUUGAUUUUGGAAAUGUACUAGUUCAAAAAGAUUAUUUAAAAAAUGACUUUGUCAAAAUUAUAUCAGGUGGCUCUAACUUUUUCGGAGAAUAUGUUGGAAAAGCUAUGUUAACAGCUACUAUACAGGGUGAAGGAUUUAUGGCACCUCCUUCUAAAGUGAUUUUACGUACAAUUAGAGAGUUAAGUUUGAACAAUGCAAAUGGUGUAUUAAUAAUAGUCCCAGCAAAUACUGGUGACUUAUUAAAUUUUGGCUUAGCUGCGGAGAGAGCGUUAAAUGACAAUAUAUCUGUAAAAUUAUUAGCAGUCAGUGACAAUUUUGAUAAAAGAUUACCAAAAGUAUGCAGAAGUGGAUUGAGUGGUGUUAUCUUAGUAUAUAAAAUAGCGGGAAGCCUUUCUGUAAAGGAAAAAUCUUUAAAUGACAUAUUUUAUUUUUGUGAACAAGUUGUUAAAAAUAUCAUAAGCUUUGAGAUUAUUUCAUUGGAUUUUGAGAAAAGUAAAUCGAGUACAAAUAUUUGGAUUACAGAACAAAAUACGAAAAAAGUAACUGAUAUACGUAGAGAUAUUUGCCAAAAGAUUGUAGAUGACAUAUAUUCUGAAAAUAUUGAAUCUGAGCAAGACGAAGAAAAAUUUUGCAUAAAACCUCAAGAAAAAAUUAUUGUUUUAUUGAAUAACUGUGGGGGUUUUGGUAAAACAGAGGAAUAUAUUUUUUUGAAAGAGUUGCUUAAUAUUCUUCAGCCUUUAGAAAUUACUGUAGUACGAUUUUACUGUGGGAAUUUUAUGAAAUGCACUCAAAAAAUGAAAUUGUCAGUGACGAUAUUAAAAGUUUUCAAUCAGGACGUUUUAACUUCUCUUGAUGAGCCAUGCUCUGUUGCAGGAUGGAAAAAUGUAUACCAAUAUUCUUUUUUAACUUUGGAAUCCCCGUUUAGUGGAAAUUUAAAAAGAAAAGAUAGAUUAACCCCUCCUGUCCGAGGACCCAAAUUACCUGAUCGAGUUGCAAAUGUACUGCUAUUAAGUACCCAGUUUGCCUGUGAUGCUUUAAUAUCUUGUGAGCGACAAUUGAAUAUUGUCGACUCCGAAAUAUGUGACGGUGAUGCUGGAACAAGAUUGAAAAAUACCGCUAAAGUUUUAUUGAAGCGGAUAAGAGACGAUAAACUUAUCACAAAUUAUCCUUUCACUUUUUUUGAAUCCCUGAGUAAAAUACUGGAAGCUACCGUUGGAGGCACUGCUGGUUGUAUUUAUAGUAUAUUAUUCGAAGCAGCUGGUAAUUGUUUUGGAGGUUUUUGUGAAAAUGAUGAAGUUACUCCCUUCAUGUGGCUGAAGGCACUAGAAGUAGCAACUAGGGCUCUAAAAAGAUAUGGUAACAUAGAAUUUGGUGACGGAACAAUGUAUGAUCCGAUUUUUAUUUGUGCUGCAACAGUUCGAGAAGAAUUAGAAGCUGGUCAAAAUUACAUUGAUGCUUUUGGUAAGGGUGUGAUAGCAGCUGAAGAAAUUGCACAGAAGACAAAAAAAUUUAAACAGAAAUAUCCCGAUUCUGGUGCUCACGCAGUAGGAAUCUGGAUGAGAGCCGCAUAUGAAGGCGUGAAAUUAAGAUGUCCUAUAGAAUAACACUCUGUAAAAAAAUGAAAUCUUCUUGUACAUAUGUAAAUAAUAAA